AUGGCGGCAAAUCCAUCACCCCCACAGCUGGAUGCGCUUUCGGGAGAGGCGUACCUGCGGCAGCGCGGAGUUGCAGACCUCCUGCAGAGCCUCAGCCUCGAGCUCAUGGAGCAGAAGCCGAAAAACCACCUCAGCUUUAUGCAGCAGUGGCUCGCGAAGGCGGCGGAGGGAAAAGGCGUUGAAACGGCGGCAGAGCCUAGUCACAGCGCAGAGGGCUUGUUGUUGAGGCCAGCGUCUUUUAAGGGCAGGUGCGGCAUGAGUGACGCGACUGAGGCGGAGGCGAACGCGACUUUGAUCCCUCCAUCCCCCGAGCUGGCGGAGUUUCUUCCGGUAAAAGAACUUAUUGUGGACUCUGGUGUUGGUGAGUUGGGCGGAACCCUUCCUCACGCCGCACUACCCGGCGAACGCGUCCUCCUCUCUGACCACGCGACGCCGGGAAUCCCAGGCGGGAAAUUGGCCGGAUACUCCACCGCACACUCGGAUUCAUUACUGAACACGGAGGCGCACCAUGUCCCUGGGGAUCCAGAGGUGAUUGCCGCCACCAGACGCCUAACGGAGCUUGUGUGCCUUCUUCCACCCAGUGAGCAUGUGGCGGCAGCCGUUUUUUUGGAAAGUCUGCUUGAGAAAAAGACCUCCACAACGUCUUCACCACAAACACUGGUGAAAUCAGCGCCCCCAGUAGGAGCCAAUUGCAACACAAUAGGUAACUUGCCUCCAAUCGGUGAUGCUAACUGGCCACCCUCUGAAGCUCGCCCGAGCAUUGAUGCUUUCAGAUCUAUUGUGGAACUUCCGCUCUCAUGUCCGCAUCUACAAGACCUGGUGCGCGACGCACUGACCACCAGUAUCCUUUCACAGGGCCCAAUGAAAAUAGAAGACAUGGAUGGGAACUCAGGUGGUGGCCUUCCAGACAUAGCGGUUUCUCCGUCGCCCGGAAGUGUCACGAUAGCUGCACAUGGUAAGGUCUCGUUGGUCCCUUUGGUCCCGAACAGUCAAGAUGUGGGGGUCGCAGGGACGCAAAACUGCGUCAGUAAGCCCUUGUCGGCCUCCCUUCUGGCUGACAGCUCCGGUGGCGGUACUGCGCCCAAGCCGCAGUUGAGAGCCGAGGAGUCCGCUCCAGCGCUGUUGCAGCCACCGACUGUACUCGAGGAGGAACUGGAUACGGUACGGGAGGCGAUCCCGAAGCAUAAACUGUUUUCCGAGUUGGAUGAAACAGGGGUGGAAUACAUUGUGCGUCACUUGGAACAAGUUUCUUUGAAUGCUGGGCAGACGCACACGUUCAGAAAUGAGGUUCUCUUCGUCGGCUCCGGGGCGCUCUUGGAGGAGAAGGUUGGGAUGCCGCACACCCUCGCAAAGGGGGACUCGCUUGGCGAGCCGCAGAUGUCGCAGACGGGCGGCGGGAAAAAACAUUAUAAGGUCCGCGCGGUGUCGGACAGCGUCGUGUUUUUGAUUCGAAUUGAAAACUACCGCUUCCUCUUGAACAACGAGAAGGUGGCACGACGUUCCAUGUUUUUGGAUUUUAUAGCGGCUUCACCGCUGCUGUCCAUCCUCGGUCCUGGGGACCGCAAACGCUUCGCAGAUACCCUGCGGGUACGCAGUUAUGAGGCAGGGAAAAUGCUUCUGCGAAAAGACCGACCAGUGGAGUGGGUUUCAUUUGUGCUCAGCGGCACGGUGAAAAGAAGUGUGGAGGAUGAAGCGGGGCUGAUGCAGAGCUUGAGGCAAAAAUGGACGGAAAAUAAAAAACUCACCAGCGCCACGUUCCUGGAUGUCCCUACAGGGGGCGUUAUUGGUGUCUUGGAGCUCCUCUUCCACUCGAACAGCCUUACAGACGCAACCGCGGCGUCGAAGGUGCUGGUGGCGCAGGUGCACGCUGUUUACUUCGAGUCCCUUGUCCCGCAGAACUCGCUGGAGGAGAUGCGGUGGUGGGUGCUUUCGAACCCCAGAAUCUCCUGGUUGGUGCGAUACGCGACGGAGGAUGUGCGUCGUCGUGUGGAGGAGGUGCGGCAACAGCACGGCCUGCGGACGAUGGAUAAACAAGCCUGCGAUGCGGCGGAGAAGGAGGCACCGUCCACCGCGUCCUCCAUCCAUCGUGGCUCGAGGGUGGUCAAGGCAGGAAGAAAGAGUACGGAAAAGGAGAACGAUUUGAAAAUUGCCUCCACCGGGGAAAUUGUGUAUUCCGGAACGAGGAAUUUGUAUCGCUUUCCUCUUUCUAUAUUGGAGCUUAGUAACACAAUUAUCAUUGCCGUUGUCUCCGAUGGGGUCAUUAUUCGAUGGAACGCCACCGCCGCACGCGUUACGGGUGUUGCCCAGCAAGAUGCCCUUGGGCAACACAUCUAUAGCCUCAUUGCCACGGAUUCGGUGCGGCGCGGAAUGCGGGAACAGCUACUUAAGGCACAACGGUUUAUUGGCACCUGGGAGAAAUACACUGCCGCUGGUCUGUCCUCCCCGUGUGUCUACCGUUUCCGUCAGGCGUCCGAGCUGUACUACGCAAACCUCUUGUUGAGUGUCGUCCCAUCCUGUUUGGGGACCGUCAGUGAUGUCUUGUUGCUCGUGGGCCGUGAGGCGGACAAUCCUGCCAUGGUGAACUACGUCGAGGACGGAGAGCGUUGGAUGCGGAAUGUGCUGCAGCCUCAGUUAAAUGCGUUUUAUAGACGCGUGAAAGUCCUUGAGAAAAAAAACUGGGAGUUGACUUCGGAGGACGGUCAACGGCUGUUGGCGCACGUGGAAACCUGCAACACACUCAUGGACCACUACAUGCGCGUCUCACACUUCAACUUGGAAUCUCUGCAGGAGCUGUGGAAGGCGGUUCGCAUCCAGCACACGCUGCGACAGUUUGUGCGAGAGAUGUUGCAGAUUGUUAGCGCUGCCGAAAAUUGCCUUACCCUUUCCUUUGAAGAGGACGUGCCAACCCAGGAGGUCUUUUUCGACGUGGAGCACCUUCUGGAGCUUCUACGGCGCGUGGUGGUUUCGGCCAACAAGUCCGGCACAGGCAUUCUCAUCUCCAUCGUCGUGUCCGUGGUGAAGCCCGCGUUGCCAGAUACCCCAUGCCGUGAAGGUACGCAGCCAGUUAUUUUUUCAGGUGGUGGUGGUACUAGUAUUGGUUCCCAGCUGCCGAUGCCGGCACCCUCUCUGCACUCGACCCUGUCGCGCACCAUCCCGGAGCGCUCACAGUCGGUCAGCGUGCCCACCUCGGACGGGUUGCGCCUGUGCAGCAGCUCCCAGCAACCGCAGGUGGUUCAGGCUUCGUCUCCUUCCUCCAUGCGACGUCUGCUCAUUGUUGUGACGGAUGCCGCGGAGUUGGAGACAUGCAGGGAAGGGGAUGCGAAGCUCGGUCCCACGGCACCGCCUAACUCGGGUCAGGAGGAGGGGGAGGUGAAGGUGCCGAAGAAAGAUGACGCUCGACGACGCAUGUCCAUAGCCAAGGCAUGUGAGCGUCUUGCUGCCAAUAUGUGUGGUGACUUCUCUUUUGAGGCCUCGCAAGGUGAGCAUGUGCCGAAUAGAACGAGUAUUGAGUUCCCUCUCAUCACCGCCCCCUGGGCAGAGGAAGAGGAUCAAGAGACGAAGGCCAAGACUUCUAUUGCGGUCCGUCCACUUUCCGUGGUCGUUGCAGAACGGGAUAUGAAGCAGCGUUACCUCAUCUGUCGUACCCUGUGGGCGCGUCGUCAUGCUGUUGUGCCGCUCAUGUCACUUCAUGAGGCCUUUGAGAAGGUGGAGGGGGGUGGAACCGACGUCCUUGUGAUUGAUCCGCUCUACCUUGAUGCCACGGAGGAGGAAUAUGCCGCAUUACGCGAUGGCGCGCCCCCGUUUGACACCCUGCGCCAGCACCCGGAACUUGUGAUUGUGGUUUACGCGGACGACUUCAAUGACUGGCGUGUGAAAAAGCUGACGGGCUACUGCCACGUUAUUGAGCUUCCCAAGCCUGCCUCUGUGGCUCUGCUGCACCUUGCGGUGCACGAGGCGGAACAGGUGGUGAUGAGCGUGCGUGAGGAGGAGGAGCAAAUCGCCCUCCUCCGCACGGCGUUUACGGAGUUUCAACCCGAGCGACACAAGGUGGUUCGACCCUUGGGCAAGGGCGCCUUUGGCGAGGUCUUUGAGGUCGAGGACCUUCUCACGGGUGGCAGACUGGCGAUGAAGCGCAUGCGCCUUGACGACGGCGUGUUAGCCGAUGAAAUUGUCCAAGAGCUGCUGGCGAUGACCUCGCUAAGCCAUGAGAACAUCAUUCACUACUUUUACUGCCAAAAAGCGAGCGACACGCAACUGUGUCUUUACAUGGAAUUGGCGUCGGGCGGCACACUUUCCGACAAAGUUCGAGAGCGUGAUUCUCCCUUGCCUCUGGAAGAGAUUGUGCGGUACCUACAGGACCUAUGUCGUGGCCUUGCGUAUUUGCAUUCCAAAAAUUACGUCCACAGGGACAUCAAAACGGCAAAUGCGCUCAUCGACAAUCAUGGACGAGUUAAAAUUGGGGAUUUUGGCUCGGCAAAGCAGCUAAAGCGACCUUCAGACCUGUUAUUUACGGUGACCGGCACCCCGCGGUUUAUGGCGCCGGAGGUGGUGAACGCGGACGCCACGAAAGGCCUCGGCUACAACCAAAAGGCAGAUAUUUGGUCCCUGGGGUGUGUGGCGUUGGAGCUGGCAACGUGCCAGGCGCCCUUUUCGUACCUGGAUACUACACGUGGUAUGGGAAUUUUCAUGUACAUCAGCAAACUUGCAGACACCCCAGACUUGUCCGUGAUCGAGGAUGGAAACCCCUACUUGUAUGCCUUUAUUAAGGCGUGCCUCUGCGUCGACCCUGAGAAACGGCCUACGGCGCAGGAAUUGGUCCAUCACGACCUCAUGCAGGAGGUAGAGCAAAUCUCUCGAAAUGGGCGCGUGGCGCUAAAGGUGGAAAUGGUGGAGAAUUUGCUGCGCUACGCCGCGAUUAACUCCGAAGAUGAGGACUAUGAAGCUGACGAGGAAGAAGAGGGAUACGGGGAGGGGGAGGAGUUGGACGAUGCUGGCAGCAGCGUGGCUGCCAGCAGCAGCAGGAGGAAAAGUGUCGGCAGCGAAAAGUUGCCGGUGAGCUUGCGCAAAGAAAGGGAGUGUGAGUUACACUCCGGCCAGAAGGAAGCAACUGAAAAGCUCCUUGGGGAGGAGGACAACUUUUUUGCCUCCACCACCGCCACCUCCAGCGAGGAAGACUAA